AAAAUGCUUCUUUGGUCUUGUGUUUCAGCCCUUGGAGCCCACCACCCAGUCUCUCCAUGUCCGUAGCCAGCAAGCAUUUCUCUCAUCAUGAGUUCCGAAUUAAAUGUUCCGGUGGAUCCUUCCACUCCUGCUUGCUGCUCUGAACCUGGCACAAAAGGCAUGGAUUAUCGGGACUGGGUCCGGCGCAGCUAUCUGGAAUUGGUCACAUCAAACCACCACUCCGUUCAAGCCCUUUCGUGGAGAAAAUUGUACCUGAGCCGAGCCAAACUGAAAGCUUCCAGCAGAACCUCUGCUCUGCUCUCUGGAUUUGCGAUGGUAGCCAUGGUGGAGGUGCAGCUGGAGGUGCAGUACAAGUACCCCCAGAUGCUGCUGAUUGCUUUCAGUGCCUGCACAACAGUGCUCGUGGCAGUUCAUCUCUUUGCCCUUCUCAUCAGCACCUGCAUUCUGCCUAACGUGGAAGCAGUGAGCAACAUCCACAACCUGAACUCCAUCAGUGAGUCCCCGCAUGAGCGCAUGCAUCCCUACAUCGAGCUGGCGUGGGGCUUCUCCACCGUCUUGGGGAUCCUCCUUUUCCUUGCGGAAGUCGUGCUUCUGUGCUGGAUAAAAUUUCUGCCUGUGGGCUCCAUCCUGAAAAAUGAGACCACCAACGUCGAGAAGCCCAGCAGCCAUGCGGGUUGGCAGUCAGCACUGGUCUCCACCAUCAUCAUGGUCCCAGUGGGUCUGAUUUUUGUCGUCUUCACCAUUCACUUCUACCGUUCUUUGGUGCGGCACAAAACGGAGCGUCACAACCGAGAGAUCGAAGAGCUUCACAAACUGAAAGUGCAGUUAGACGGGCAUGACAGAGGCAUGCAGCAGGCAAGUCCUCUGGUGGAACCUGGAGCUGUACUGGCGAGUCUGAUGGAGCAGGACCCGGCGAGAGAGCUGUGUGCCCGUUAAAGAGCUAUCACCUUUCAUUUGAGCUGACUUUUUUUUUUCAGCAGCAGAGAAAAUGACACUCGCACGUCUGUAUCGCUUAGCAAGGGAAGCUUGUAAAUUCUAUAGCAUCUUUUUGGGUGAAAACUUCUGUGAAAAUGAUUUUAUGAUUUAUGGUAACUUUGUGGAGGGAAAAGAGUGUUUUGCAAUCAUCAGCUCUUUUAAAGGAAAGUAAGGCUUUCUGCCACACAGGGCUGAAAGAAGCAGAAGCACAUUUUCUUGGCCCUGAUCCUGUGCCGAUUUCCUGCUCUGCACUCAAACAUUGCAGUUUCAGAGUCUCCCAGGCCUUACAGGUUUCUGAAAUCAUUAAGGAUGUUGGUAAUGUUGUAUUUAACCCUGGUCCCUUAUUCCACUGGGAUUUGAGAAAUCUAAUGGCAGUGUGUUACAUGUCAGCUUCCCAGAAUGGAGAGUACACGCAAACCCCGGUGCAGCAGGGUGAGACUAUCCCUAUAUUCCUCUCUGGCGAGGGCCUUGGAAACCCAGAACUAAUCUCUCCUGUUUACAUGUGAGUUUGAGCAUUGCUGAACAAGCUGCUUAGCACUGUGUCUGUGGCUUUCAUCUGUUGUUCUUGCCGCAGUUGGCAUGUACCAUAUUGGCUGAUGUGCAGCAAAGAAAAUAGCCUUUGUGUGCUAAAUGACUAGUCUGUACUUAUGCAGAUACACAAAAAAUGAGUGCCCUCCAGGAGGUGGGUGGUCGUGAAAUUCAUACGAUCUCUGCAGGAGUCUGGCCUCUCUCCCUCCUCUUUUUACCAUAAUAAAAAUUCAAGGUUUAUACAAAAAAAUCAGAGUUGAGUUUUCUGCCAAGUAUUACACACAUAGGCUCUUCUACCAACAAAAUUUCUAUUGUGAGGCCAGAGCCAGACCAGAUAAGAUGAAUCUCUCAUUUGUACUUUGCAGUCUCCUUUACCAUCAGUAAUAAUAGGACUCUGUGCUGUGGAGCUCAGGAGGUUGAGGAAAGUAUUGAGCCGUUCUUGUAAUUAAAAAAAAGUUUCACAGUGUGCAUACAAUGCUGUGAAAGCAAUGCAGCUCAUUUGGAAACAGCCAAAUUGUUCGUUUAAUUCUUUGCAGGUAUAAUAAACUUCAGCAAAUGGAGAAAUGCAGCAGAAACUGUGCUUUGAUUUUCGUAGGAUAACUUGGUGAGUGAGGCUUUGGUGGGAUUGGAUUCAAGUCUCAAGGCAGCGGAUCGGUGACUGGAGUGGUAUCACCUUACUCUAGCAGGGAGUCUGAGGUACGGUUUCAGAUGGUGUCCCAAGGGCGAAUGCACUUAAAACAGAAUAAUAAUGUGCUUUCCCAUCUUUGCUCGCGGCUUUGUUUCUUGUGUCUCUCUGGGCACCGAGUUCUCCCUUCCAUGAGAAGCCCACGGGAGUAUUUUUGCUCUUUGACUCUGGCAUCUGGGAUCUCUCUAGGUUACCCAUCACCUUCGUGCUGUAACUCCUCUCCUUCUUCUUUCCCAACAACAGCAUUUGCUUUUCUUGCUCCUGCCUCUCUUCCUCCAACUUGUUUACGUUUUCACUGCUGUUAGGUCCAGACUUGUGCUGUGGAAAGAUUGCCCAUGGUAUCAGCCACGGUAGUUCAUCCGCAAAGGAGUAGGGACAUUGUACUUGUUCAGGUGGGUGUUUCUGUGCUACAGCACCAGAAAAUCCUCCUUGCUUCUGCUGCUCCCCCCGUGGCUGUCAGCAGGAUUCCCAUCAGUCAAGCGUGGAGAUGCCUGCCUUUCCACACCGCCGCU